GUUUGACGCAAGUCACAGUUGUCUACAAAUUGAGGGCUCGCGCCUCUUUAUCAAUGAAAUAGUAAAGACAGCUGAGCUCUGCCACAACACUGGAGAAAAAACACCGAAACUUGAGCUACUCCCUUCCUCGUAUUAUUUGGAUUGUUUUUGUUAUUCAUUGUGAGUGUAACUUUAGCUGGGACUAGGAGCAGAAGUUUCAAAAACCUACUCAAAAUGAAAUACGUUAUAGGAAUUGGCGGUGUGACUAAUGGUGGGAAAACCACUUUGACGAAUAAGCUGAUCAAGUCACUACCUAACUGUUGUGUGGUGCAUCAAGAUGACUUUUUCAAGAAACCUGACCAGAUAGAAGUCGGGGAGGACGGCUUUAGACAGUGGGAUGUGAUCACAGCAUUGGACAUGGAUGCCAUGGUGAACACGAUUCGAGGCUGGAGUGAGAACCCAGUGAAGUUUGCACACUCUCACGGUGUCAACGUGUCCCCUUCCACAGAGGUUGCCGACCCAGAGCAGCAGAUCCACAUUCUGAUCGUAGAGGGCUUCCUUCUGUACAACUACAGACCCCUGAUGGACGUGUACAACAAGUGCUACUACAUCUCCAUUCCAUACGAAGAGUGCAAACGGAGGAGAAGUACAAGACAAUACACCGUCCCUGACCCCCCUGGCCUGUUUGAAGGCCAUGUGUGGCCCAUGUACUUGAAGCACAGGAAUGAGAUGGUCGAGAGCUGUUUAGACAUUGCGUAUCUGGAUGGCUUGAAAUCAGAAGAAGGGAUCUACAGCCAGGUGUAUGAGGACAUCCAGAAUACACUGUUGAAUCGUUUAUAGCAGGAACUCCAUCUCCAAACAUGUAUAGACCUGUAAAUAGCAUCAAGACUGAAGAGAUUUUUUUUUUAUUAACGCAUUUUUUUCUUAUUGUGUAAAUUAUAUUGAAGGAAUGUUAACUUAUGUUUUACAGAAUAAUCAUUUCUGUUUGUGUUCUUAUCCAAUCUGUUAGUCCUUUACUUGUGUUAACCAAACCACUGCCUAGUAUCUGAGGGAGAGGGACAAACUCUUAUUUGAACAUAGAUGUUUACAUUGUUACAAAGGCACUGAUAAAAGUGGAUGCACAUGGCAUUUUGAUAACUUUGCGAUUUUAUAAAAAUAUUCUUUAUUGGAGUUGUGCCUCUGCCCUCUCAUGGUCUAGAAGGGUCCCACCUGAACUGGCCGCUUGCCUUCCAUCUUUGAGGACAUGUAUUUCCUUUGUUAGAAUAGAGCGGUCACUUGUAUUAUAUUCAUAAUAUAGUCAUCUUUGUUAGUAUGUACUUGGCUUUGUUUUGGCAAGUAAAUUGUCCGUCGCCAAUUUUAAAAUAAGUUCAGAUUUUUCUAUUUUA